AUGCUCGGCCACACAACUGCUCUGGAGCUAAGACUUGCUGCCAUUCAAGCCUUCAGACGCUUUCCCUGCACAGCUGAUAGGUCUGUGCUGUUGCAGCUGUACAGCUCCUCCCAGGAGGAUCCCGAGGUCAGAAUUGCUGCAUACCAGCAGCUCAUGCGAUGCUCCGAUCAGGACGUGUUUGAAGUGGUGAAGACCACACUGAGGAAGGAGACCUCCAGCCAAGUGGGCUCAUAUGUGUGGAGUCACCUGACUAAUAUCAUGAGAAGCGAGGACCCCAUGAAGCAGGCGCUAAUCGAGUCACUGCCCGACGACAUCAUCAGCAGAGACUUUGAAGCUGAGUUUCUGAAAUACUCCUCCUAUUCAGACAACACUGUUUCAUCAGGAAUGGGAAUUACAAAUGUGGAGACAUCUUUGGUUUUCUCUCCCAAAUCAUUUCUACCAAGAUCUGCCACUGCCAACCUGACACUAUAUUUCCAUGGCAGAGCCCACAACCUACUGGAAGUGGACCUUCAUGUUGAAAAUGCUGAGGCACUUUUGAAGAACGUUUUUGGCCACCAGACCCAUGACUCUGAUGGAGAGUCUGUGGCUCAAAGUCGAAAGUCUCAGUCAAAAAGAAGGCAGGAGGACAAGAAGAAAAACAGAUGA